AUGCAGACUCCCCCAUCAGUGCGAAUCGUGGAGGUUGGUCCGCGCGAUGGCCUCCAGAACAUCCGACAGUCCAUCAACAGCGCUACAAAACUGGAACUGAUCCGGCGACUUCGCGAUACUGGACUGCAGACUAUCGAGCUGACAUCGUUUGUUUCUCCCCGCGCAAUUCCCCAGCUUGCCGACGCACAGACGGUGGUGCAAUCCCCGGACAUUCAAGCCCUGCUCAAGAACCCUGCUCUACGUCUGCCGGUGCUUGUGCCCAAUCUCAAGGGACUAGAUAAAGCCCUGCAGAAUAACGUCAAAGAGGUCGCUGUAUUUAUCAGUGCGACCGAGGGGUUUAGUCGAGCGAACAUCAACUGCACCGUUGACGAAGGGCUGGAGAGAGCUCGGCAGGUGGCGUCCAAGGCAGCCAGCGCCGGGCUUUGGGUACGAGGCUACGUCUCGUGUAUUUUCGCAGACCCCUACGAUGGCCCGACCGAGCCCGCGUCUGUGCUACGCUGUGCAAAGGCCCUACUCGAUGCAGGCUGCUACGAAGUCAGUCUCGGCGACACUCUGGGAAUCGGCACUCCUGCAGAGGUGCGGAAACUGAUCACAUAUCUCAGCGACAAUGGCGUCCCUCUUGAGAAGCUGGCAGGCCACUUUCACGAUACAUACGGCGGCGCGGUCGCAAACGUGUGGGAGGCGUACAAAUGCGGCCUCAGAGUGUUUGACAGCAGCGUUGCCGGACUGGGAGGAUGUCCAUUUGCACCAGGGGCCAAGGGAAACGUAGCAAGCGAGGAUUUGGUCUACAUGUUCGAGCGAUCGGGGGUUCGCACCGGGGCUGAUCUGUCGAGGCUGGUCGAGACUGGCGACUGGAUCUCCAGGAAGCUGGCCUUGCCAAACAGCAGUCGCGCAGGAGCAGCCCUAUCGGCAAAGCGAGCACAGGCUGGUCGCAAAGAAACGAAGCCUGCCGUAUCGCUCGAUUGGAAACUCAUCCAGGAAACAGAGGGACUGCAGCUGUUUCGGUCGGGCGUCAACCUGAAGAUCAACCUGAACAGACCGAAGAAUGGGAAUGCCCUCACGGUCGCAAUGAUGCACGACAUUACUAAAGCAGUGACAGAUGCCGGGACAGACUCGACCAUCUCGCGCAUUAUCCUGACUGGCAGUGGCAAGUUCUUCUGCACAGGGAUGGAUCUGGGCAAGGGGAGCACGCCGGUCGGCAAGGGAGGCUCGAGCAGCGACGCGCAGUUCGACCGACUCACCAACCUCUUUGAAGCGAUCGAUCAGUCCCCAAAGGUGACGAUUGCCUGCCUGAAUGGGUCUGCAUUUGGCGGCGGCGUUGGGCUGGCCUUUGCGUGCGAUCUCCGGUAUGCAGUCAAAACGGCCAGCGUGACGCUCAGCGAAGUCAAGCUGGGACUCUGCGCCGCCACCAUCUCCAAGUAUGUGAUCCGCGAAUGGGGCGUUGCAUUCGCCCGAGAGGCCAUGCUGUCUGCGCGACCGGUGACAGCAGCCGAAUUAAAGGCACGCGGGCUGGUGAUCGGCCUGGCAGAGAGCGCCCAGUCGCUCCCACAGCUCCUCGACGAAGCACUCACCCGGUUUAAGAUCGCUUCUCCAGAAGCAUCUCGCAUGUCCAAAGAAUUGGUCCGACUAGCGUGGGCCCACGGAGGAAAGGAAGAGCAGGCGAGAGGGAUCAGAGCUCUGUUUGACAACAUGAUGCGGUCGGACGCAGAAGGAGCAUACGGGGUGGCAGAGUUCCAGGCGAAACGACCGGUGGACUGGGAUGCAUACACACUGCGUGUAAAUAGAUCAAAGCUGUAG